AUGGCUAACAGUUUUUUCAUCACUGAAGAAGUCUACUCGGAAGAAAAGAAAAAAGAGUUGAAAAGAAAGAGAUUGAAUGGAGAUUUUAGUCAAUGCAACAUAUCACUGAUUCUGGAGAAUGGUGAGGUUGAGAAAGUGGAUGCGUUCUUGAUAAAUGAACAUUCGGAAAAGUACAAGACCACUGGAUACAUCUUCUCGAAAAGAAUAGAUGUGUCGAUGCUGGAAACAGGAAGCGUAAAAGAUUUCGUACAUUGGAUGUAUACUAAAGACAUUGUUGUGAUGGAAUCCAACGUUUGCAAUAUUUUGAAAACUAAUAUUGAACUAAUUGACAUAAUCGUGAGUCGUAUGAAGAAGAACAUUGACUUGCUAAUAACAGCAUUGAAUGGAAUAACGGAAGCAGUAAUUACAGAAACACCCCAAACUCACUUCCGUCCCUACUCUUCUCUGUACCAUCACAGUAAUCAAUUCAUCUCAAAACGACUCAUUCCUUUAUUCUGUGAAUUGGAACCGAGAAUCAGCAUGACUGAAAUUUCAAAACUGAACGUCACUUCUGUAUAUGUUUUGAUGAAUUCACUUGUCGGUAUUCCAACAAAAGUUCGACUAAUCUUUUUAGCAAUGGAUUGGAUUGUGAUGAAAAAUCCAUCGAAUCAAACAAUGAAUGGAAUUAUUCAAAGUGUGAUCAUAGAAGUAGGACAGAAUUGUUUCUCCCAUGACAUCAGAUACAACAUGCAUGAAUAUCUCACAAAUGUUCUUCCCAUCUCUAAACUCUGUGUCUACAUGGAUGGUUCAUCCGAAAUUAUUCCAGUUUUUGAGAAGGAGCAGUCUGUAAUCCCUCCGAAUUGUGUCACCCAUUCAAUUGAAGUCAUUCCACGUGUCGUGAGAGAAAACACGCUGAAUAGAAAACCGACAGAUUUGACUCGUCUCAGACGGAAGGCAAGAAUUGAUAACCCAUCCGGCAGAGAGCCGAUUUGCGGAUUUUAUCAAAGAAUUAUCAUCGGAGAGAAUUCCAACACGAAAUUAUCUGCAAUUAAAUCUUUUUCGACUGCUGACCAAGUUUCAAAUGAUGUUACUAAUAUCCGUUGGAUGAGAGGGAAAUGGCAUUGCGAUGGUUAUGUAACUCUAAGUUCGUCCACAAGUUCUGAAAGUCGUGGGAGUGUGAAUUUAAACGAAUCACAUCGUAAUCCGGGUAAUAACCGCAGUCAAUACUUGAUGGAUCGAGGGAACACUUCCAUAGAUGGACAUAAAAGCUACUGUUUUUACGAUAUGAUGGCUGUUUCCAAAUCCAAUGAAAGUUUCACUGGAUAUUCGAACAAUAAGAAAACUAAAGAAGAGCAAAUAACCGAACCAUCCCGUGAGCUCUACUCAAUAUACCGAAAUUAUAAGAGACCGACGGAGCCAACGGAAGGAACUAGCUCGAAUACUAACAAUACUAACCAGAGAUCUCACCAAUCAACUUCUUCUGAAUCAAAUUAUAGUUUUGCAAAUCUUGCAAAUAAUGGAUCGACGUUCGUUUCUCAAUUUGGAACAACUAAUCAAAGGAAACCACCUUCAAAUCGUCAAAGAGGUGGUAAUGAUUAUUACCCUGGCCAUGCUGGAUGUCUUUAUGUUCCUGGCGUCGUCGAAGAUUUGUAUCAACAAUUUUAUAGCCCACCGUAUUUUUGA